AGCGAUGUAGUCAUCUAUACUUAUUCGCGUGCGUGAACAGACGCGUUUAUGGACGAAAGAAUAGCGGAUGCCGCCUGUGAUUGGCUACGGCUAACACGGGCGGACAAAAGAUGUCCCGAAAGACAGUAGCCACUAGACCAUAAUGGAACACUUCCCAUUACGGAAUUCUUCGCAUCGAAUGGAGACUAAGAGAAAAGAACUUGCGGUAUUCAGCAGACAAUCCACUUUCAAAUCCCUCAUACUUCUACAAGAAAAGGGGUUUGCAGGCUCCCACUCAAUUGCCUGUCUCCAAGCCAAGUCACAUUGAGCUCACAAACUGGAUAAAAACCCCUCAACUUCUCUUUCUACGACCUCCGCGAAAUCUCACAUCUUUUUCUAUAAUUCUUUCUCAACACAAUCAUUGAGAACAAUAACCACUGCAACAGAAUUAAAAAUGUCUUCCCCCGACGCCGCGGUCGCCACAGAGGCCUUGAAGGACUUCUUCGGCCAAAUAUAUACGUUCUUCGAAACGAUUAUCGUCCGCUUCUUCAGGAACUUUUAUAACUCUUUCGCGACUGUGAGCGUCAACCGCUGGACGAAGGUCACACUCUCAGUGAUCGGUUACGUUAUAAUUCGUCCGUACAUCGAACUCUUCUUUAAGAAAAUGAGUGAACGCGAUCGCAGAAAGAUGAAGGAGAAGGAAAAGGCCAAGAAGGAGGCACAAGAAGGCAAGAAGGCUAAGGUUUCGGCCAAUACACUGCGAGGUGGUGCUACCGGAGGCGGAAAGGUGCUUGGAGAGGUCGAGAACACCGAUGAUGAAAUUGAGGAGGGAGAGGACUUUGCGACUGCCAGUGGAGUGCCGGAGUGGACGAAGAAUGCGAAGAAGAGGCAGAAGAAGUACAUGAAGAGCCUGAAGGAGGCAGAGGCAAACGCGAAUAAAUUGUCCCAGGAUCAGAUUAUGGAGUUGUUGGAUUGGAGUGAUUCAGAGCAUGAGGACAAGAAGGACGCAUGAUUUGGAGGCGUGGAUAUUUACAUCUUUUAGUUCUGUGUGGGCAUAUGAAUAGUAUACUUAACCGAUUUUAUAUAAAUAUAUAAUUAAUCUUUUUCCUGAUAUG